UCAGGUGCAUCUGUGUUUGGUCUUGACUCUGCAGACAUCACGUCAACAACAACUGGGCUAGACUCGGUUCUGGACGGCCACACGGAAAACAACUCGAGCGAGGAUGACCUGAGCACUGCCAUUGAUGCUACCGACGCACACGCCAUCCGCAAACAGCUUGAGGGACUGGAACACAUGUACUCCGAGGAAAUGGAGAACAUUCGUAGCGAGAUCUCUGCCCUGCGUACGCAGACUCUGGCAGUGCGCUCCCAGUCCAUGCCACGGGGCCUCAACGCAGUGGGAGCUCCACUCUCCACAGCAUCUGGAGGGCUGGGGCCCAGUGGGUUGGCAGGUGGCGAUGGCGCAGCCAACCUCAGCAACCCAGCACGAGUCAAAAAACUCACCAAGUUCUUUGGUGAUGAGCCCCCUCUGCUUCGUCUCUUCCUGAAGCGACUCGGGUACGAGAAAUACGCGCCAGCCUUCGAACAAGAGAGAGUCGGCAUGGUGGAACUGCCGUACCUGAGCGAGGAGCGCCUGCAACGACUGGGAGUGCCUCUGGGCCCGCGCCUACGGAUCCUGCAAGAGGCGGCCGCGCACGCUGCCCCCAUGGCCCCUGCACCUCCUCCCUCCAGCCACGCGGGCGCCAGCCGUGGAGACAAGGUCUAUGUAGUGUGA